GGAAUGUGGCGAUCCGGCCCGGGGCGGGGGAUGACUUCAUGCGGCCGGAGCUCGGCGGCGGGAGCAGCUGCUGCAGCUGGCAGGUGGGGUGGGGGCCGGCCGAGCUGACCACGCUCAGGGCCCGGCGCGGCGGCACUGCGGCCCCGGGGCAGCGGGCGCCGGGGACCUGCGCUGACUCGAUCCGGAGAAGUUUCCUGAGUUUUGGGGAAGGCCUUGUUUCCCCAAGGGAGCAAUUUCUGGUAGAAAUCUGAAAGUCUGAUCCCAGAAAAAAAGAUCCAGUAGAGCCAAUGAAGUAAGGACAAGAAGGUUUCCAAUCAGCCCCUGCUAUGUGGAUAUUUGUUAGCAAUGACUGAUGUGGAAACUACAUAUGCAGAUUUUAUUGCUUCAGGAAGAACAGGUAGAAGAAAUGCAAUACAUGAUAUCCUGGUUUCCUCUGCAAGUGGCAACAGCAAUGAAUUAGCCUUGAAAUUAGCAGGUCUUGAUAUCAACAAGACAGAAGGUGAAGAAGAUGCACAGCGGAAUUCGACAGAACAAAGUGGGGAAGCCCAGGGAGAAGCAGCGAAGUCUGAAAGCUAACACUCCACUUUGAUCUUCAUCAACACCUGACAAUGUCUCAAAUCUCCAGGCCUGGCUGGAAUGCAUUUAUUUCCAAGAGUGAAAAGGGGAAAAAGAAAGAGGCUGUGCUGCAUUGCAGGAACCUGUGUGUUAUCAUGUUAAAAAUGGGGGCAGAAGCUGUGGCUGCAGACAGACUUUUCUCUACCUCUGGCAUUAGCAAUGGUUGAAAUCAUGUGGCUUGUGUUUGGACGUCAUUUUUGUACGGAUCCUUUCACUUGACCAUAUGAUGAAAUGCUUGUAGAAAGUAGCACUGACCUAGAUGAUGAUUCUUCCUGUAGCAUCUGGCCCCUCACAAUGUCAGAGGAUUUACUUGUGUCUAAUCGCAAAGGGUUGGUUGAACCCCAGAGUUUAAAUAGCUCUGGUCCAAGUAUUCACCCAGUAAAAGAACCAUCCAGAAAGCACUGUUUUUAGCAUUAUGUAUCUGUGUGUUCCUGCUGUGUUAUUUACACUGUUUUGUAUUGUACAAUAUAGAUGCUCAGCACUGCCCCCUUCUUUGAUUGCUUAUGAAAAACAAAAAUGAUGUACGUUACUGUGAAUUUUUAUACCACUCAUUUUUAAAAGGGCUGCCUUUUUUUCUGCUCCGUAGUGUGGUGGUGUACACAGGAUAGAACACAAUUUUUAAAACUUAAUCUUUUCCCUUAAUUCACUGCUGAUGAAGUCUAACAUUCAUCAAGACUUCUUUGCUUAUUAUACAGGCAUUUGAAAAUAUCCAUUAAGUGAAUAUUACCUGAAUUUGGUCUUUUUAAUGUCUACACACACCAGAAUUCAAUCUGCAAAUUUUGUUUUAUUCCCAGAGAACUUUUUCCAACUAAUAUUUUUAUUUUUAAUUAUGAGGAUUUUGGAGAAUUGGGAAGGCAGGAAAGAAAAUCCAAGCAAUCAACAUAUUUUCUUCUAUGGAAUAUAAUUUCCCAUAGUGCUAUAUGAUACUGUUAAAAUUUGGAGGACAGCUUAUCUCCAUGGAGUUGCAAAAGACAGAGAAAAUGAUCUUUCAAUCAUGUGAACACCAAUCACAAAAGUAAAGCCCUUUUGUUGUGUUUUUCAUGUCUUUUUUCAGCCCUAUCAGAUCCAAAUGUUAUUAUGCACUUUUUAAUGUUUGUAAACUUUUACUAAUAAUUAGUGUGAAUUGCAUUCUGAUACAAUAAUAAUCAUCAUUAGAAGCUGACAAAAUUCUCAUUAAUACCGUUGAUGGCCUCUCCUGUUUUUUGACAUCAUGGUUCUUAUAUGGAAAGUCUUGUGAGCUGUGUAAUCUCUCCGGUCAGUAUUACAAAAUCAUUUCUCAGUGGUAAUAAAUAAGGAACCAGUAAUAUGCCAGUGGCUUAUGAAUUACUGGACAAACAGCAGACAACAGGAAGACCCUUUACAAUAAAGAACCCACUUAACUGUCCUCGAGGUCUUAGAUACAGUCCCAUGUGAAGUAGAUUAAGCAGCAUUUCAACAGGUGAUCUACAUGGACAUACCAGGAACUCAGGCCUCCCUUGUAGUCACAUAAAGGAUGAAUGGUGAAUCUGCCCUCAUCUCUCUUCACAGUACUUUUUGAAUGAGUGGGAUAAGGGCCUGGGUAUCACUUGGUCCUCGAUCAUAUAUUACUAGAAAAAAUGUUAACAGUGUGAGUCUUUGAGAAAAUAGAAAGAGGGAAGAUUACAUUUUAGAGUACUUCCUUCUGUCUAGUCCAAUAAGAUCUAAAAUGUCCAGUUAAAAUUCAAACAAAUUUGCCUAUUAAUAGACUCACAAGUGGGAAAAGAGGUCCCUGAGGCUAUUUUAGACAAUCUCUGGUAGUCCAUUUAAAACAUUCAACCCAUACAAUCAUUUUUUUUCAAUAUCCUCAUAGCUUUCUUGUGAAUGUAGGUAAAGUUCUCUUCAUCCUUAAAGUUGUGGAAUUCUAAACUGAUUUCAUGUGACUUUGUAAAGUUUAGGAUUAGUGCUGAGUAUAUGUGGAGGAUUUAUAUUCCUAUGUGAUAUACUAUUAUUAAUAAUGCAUGUGGUAUCAUGCUUGUCUUUGAAUAGAUAAUAGUGCUAAAUUGUGAAGUCAUAUGGAGCUUUUGAAUUAUUUUGACCUCUUACUGCUACUUUGUCUGCUAUAUUUCAAACCCAGAACUAUUCCCAAGCCAGAAAAUAAAAAUCAACUUUCCAAAACACCCACAUUCUGCAAAUGUUGCUCAGCAAAAGUUCAUAGUAGCUUCCAAAUUUUAUUGUAAUAUCUUUACAUGGAAUUGAAUUGUUAAGGAGAAAAGAAAAGAGUGGAAAACUAAGGCGUUGGUUUGAUAAUAUGCAUUGAAUGCCUGUUAACCAACUGACUUUCUACUCAUCACUUCACAACACAUAUUCUCCCAUUUAAUCCUCAAAUAAUUUGAUUACAGAAGUCUAUACCAUUUCACAAAUCAGGAAAUUAAGGCUCAAUAAGGCAUACAUUUUACAAGUUUAAAGAACUAAUAAGUGAUAAAAUAAGAUUUGAACCUGUGUUUAUCUGUUGCGGGGAGUUUUCUACUGCACAUGCCCUAAAAUUGAAGCCAAUUACAGAGCAUGUGUAUCUGUAAGGGAACUUUUAGAGAUGGACUAGAUCAGCCUCCAUAUUUUAGAAGAGGAAAUUGAGUCCCAGAAAAGGCAACUGAUUUUCCUAAAGGUUACCUAGAUGAAUAAUGACACAGAUGUGAUUAGCACUUUUACUUAAUAAUAAUAGUACAUUUAAUUAAAAUGUAUUUUUGUGUUAUACUUCCCAGAAGACAUUUUCCUGACAUGAAGUCUGUAAACUUAGCAUGGUUCAGAUUUUUUAUGUUUCAUGCUACUCAUUUUAUUUAAUUGACUAGAAAUGUGAUGAUUUCAGUUUUUUGACUCACUUGCAACAAGUGUGAACUUUUCAAAUUUAUCUUCAAUUGACUGUAAGCAACCUAUGCUGAUAUAGUGAUACCAUAAAUUCACAAAAAUGUUUUUCCAACACAUAAGAGACAGGAAGCCUCCAAUUUUUAAUCUAUAUCCCUAGAGUUGCACACUGUUAAUGCCCAACACUUGCGUCUUACUCAGACACAAGUACAAAUGGACCGUUUUAGGAGGUGAAUGAUAUGGCUAUUUCUCUUCAGAGAAGCAAUAAAGGGUAAAGAAAUGUAACUGCGGGCAGUCGAGUUUCUGAGUGAAGCCAAGAGUAAUAGGGAGAAAAUGUAUAGUCAUUAAGUGAAAACAGGAAAGGAUCUAUGUUUAUGAUGUCUUAAUAGGCCCUAAAUUGUUCUUUAAUUAAAAGAGUGGCAGUCUCCGAAGUCAUCUGUGAGCUUGUAUGACUUUUGUAUUUAGCAAUGUUGCAUGCUCACAUAAUUGAUAUUAAAAGUAAUACAUUUUUCUGAAAUGUA